GGGGUGUGCAGGCUGGGCCCAGGCAGUGGACCCGUCCAGAGGCUUGUUGCUUCUCCAGCUGUCCUUGUUGUGAACGUUCCUUUGUGGUCAGGGUGGAAUUGUUUGGGACUAGGGAAGCACCCAGCUGAGCCGGGCGGGCGUCUCUGGACAGCCUGUGCAUGUUAGAAGUGAGCAUACGUGAGUCAGUGAGUGUCCGCGUCUUAAUCUGGGACUAGCAUGCUGCGCCUAUUGCUGCAGGCAUGCAGGGCAGCUGAGGGUUUUCUGACGUUUGAAGGAGCUCGUCAGAGAACAUCAAGAAAGGUUCCUCAUCCCCACAGCAGGACCCUGUGUCCCUGCAGGUGACCGUGCGUCCUGCCUGGUGCCCAGAUGGCUAUGACCCUGUGCAUGGCCGUGCUGUGUCCCCAAGUUCGGAGAGCACUGUGCUGGCUGGUGGUGGGCAUCAGCACGGGGCUGACUGAUGCCAGAGCCCGCUGAUCCCAGCCAGGGGGCUGCCAAGUGACGGGCCAGUGACCAGGUGUGCAGAGUGACGGUGCCCCACCCCAUGUCUUUCUCAGUGGGUGACAACCUGGAGCAGGCAGAGGAGGUCGAGGGGAGAACCCCAAGGGUCCAUGGAAAUAGGUUUUACUUCCCAUUCCCCAGGGAGGCGACACCCAGAGUCUAGUAAAGAAGCUCACGGUGACCCACAGGCCUGGUGCCCAAGUUCUUGCAGCUGUCUGGAAAAUCAGCUUGUGUAACUGCAUCGUGACCCGGAACUCGACACCAGCAGGCACACUGCCGCUGUGAAGCCAGCUGCUGACUGGACGGCCCCAGGCCCAGCCCCUUCUGACCACACGGCCACCAGCAGGGACUCACCAUGGCCGCCAGCAGUGCCGAGGGCCAGCUGCAGAGGAUCAUCCGCGACCUGCAAGAUGCGGUGACGGAACUGAGCAAUGAGUUUAAGGAAGCGGGAGAGCCCAUCACUGACGACAGCCCCAGCUUACACAAGUUCUCCUACAAACUUGAGUACCUGCUGCAGUUCGACCUGAAGGAGAAGGCCAGCCUCUUGGGCACCAGAAAGGACUACUGGGACUACCUCUGCGCCUGCCUGGCCAAGGUGAAGGGCGCCAGCGAUGGGAUCCGCUUUGUCAAGUCCAUCUCGGAGCUCCGGACAUCUCUGGGGAAAGGAAGAGCCUUCAUCCGCUACUCCCUGGUGCACCAGAGGCUGGCAGACACCUUGCAGCAGUGCUUCAUGAACACCAAGGUCACCAGCGACUGGUACUAUGCGAGAAGCCCCUUUCUGAAGCUAAAGUUGAGCUCUGACAUCGUGGGCCAGCUCUACGAGCUGACCGAGGUGCAGUUUGACCUGGCAUCGAGGGGCCACGAUUUGGAUGCCGCUUGGCCGACAUUUGCCAGGAGGACUCUGGCCCCCGGCUCCCCUGCCUACCUGUGGAAGGCCCCCAGCCGGAGCUCCAGCAUGAGCAGCUUGGUGAGCAGCUACUUGCAGACCCAGGAGAUGGCGUCCAACUUCGACCUGAGCAGUCCUCUGAACAACGAGGCACUGGAGGGCUUCGACGAGAUGCGGCUGGAGCUGGACCAGCUGGAGGUGCGGGAGAAGCAGCUGCAGGAGCGCGUGCAGCAGCUGGAACAGGAGAAGCAGGAGCUGCAGGCAGCACUCAGCACACAGCAGGAGCAGCUGCAGGUGGAGAAGCAGCGUGGGCACGCUGCCACAGAGGACCACCGCCACCUCGUGGGCCUGCUGGCUGAGCUGCAGAAGCAGUGGGAGGUCACCCAGGCCACGCAGGAUACCAUCAAGGAGCUGCAGAUGUGCCUACAGGCCCUAGAGCGAGAUACAGCCAAGGAGGAGGACAGCUCCACCCUGCAGCACCUUGGGGCCAUGCUGCAGCCCCUGGCGCGGGAGCUCAAGGCUGCCUGGGACUCCCUGGGCGAGAAGAACCAGCUUCUCUCCAGCCUCUCAGACAGCCUAGCCAGGGCUGAGCAGAGGGCAGACACGGCCUUGGACACAAAGGGGCAGCAAGGGCCCAUCCCAGCCGACUCGGCCCUGAAGCUCCAGGAGCUGGGGGCGAAGCUCCAAUCCCUGGAAGCAGAGAACUCCAAGGUCCAAGAGUUCAACAGGCAGCAGAGUGCACAGCUGGCCACUGAGCUGCAGCUGAAGGAAGAGGCCCGGGCUGGCCUGGAGCACCAGGUGCAGGAGGUGGCACAGCUCCGAAAAGAGCUGUCCAGGAAGGAGCAGGAGGCAGCCCAGCUCCAGCAGCAGCUGCAGGAGUCGCUCGCCCGCUCGAGCUCACUGGAGGAGCAGCUGGCAGGGCUGAGGCGGGAGGAGCAGCUGCAACAGGAGGAGAAGGAGAUGUUGGCACAGGAGGCCCGGUCCCUCAGCCGGCAGCUGCAAGUCCUGGAGACCCAGCUGGCACAGGUGAGCCAGCACGUGGGUGACCUUGAGGAGCAGAAGAAGCAGCUCAUCCAGGACAAGGACCGUCUCAGCCAGAAAGUGGGUGCUCUGGAGCAGCUCGCUGAGCAGGCAGCCCCAGAGCCUUCUGUGGCCAGUGAGUGGGGUGAGGCCCCGGCCUCCCCAGUCUCCACCCUGCAGCAGGCCGGCGAGAAGCCAGCAGAGGGGCAAAGGGAUAGUACUGAGGUGCAGGAGCCCAAACAGGAGGAGGAGGACCUACGCCAGGCCAACUGGGAGCUGCAGAGGGAGCUGCAGAGCAUGGCUGGGCGCAACCAGCUCCUGGAAGGCAAGCUGCAGGCCCUGCAGGCUGAUUACCAGGCGCUGCAGCAGCGGGAGGCGGCCAUCCGGGGCUCCCUGGCCUCCCUGGAGGCAGAGCAGGCCAGCAUCCGGCACCUGGGUGACCAGAUGGAGGCGAGCCUGCUGGCCGUGCAGAAGGCCAAGCAGACCAUGAAGGCGCAGGUGGCCAAGAAGGAAGCCGCUCUGCAGAGCAAGGAGGACGAGUGCCGGCAGCUGCGGGAGGAGGUAGCGCAGUGCCGGCAGGUGGCAGAGUCCCGGGACAAAGAUCUCAGGGUCCUCUCGGAGGAGUGCCACCACCAGGCCCAGCUGAUCGAUGCCCUCAAGGCGGAGAAGGGCCAGCAGGGGCUCGGCCCACCCCAAGAUGGGACCACGCAGCUGGCCCUGGCCCAGGCCCAGCUUGAAGUCCAUCAGGGGGAGGCCGAGCGGCUGCGGGCUGAGCUGGUAGACCUGCAGGCGAAGCUCUGGGCAGCCCUGGGCGACCAGGACAAGGUGCAGAGCCAGCUGAGUGUGGCCGAGGAGAUGCUGAGGGAGCACAGGACCCUGGUUCAGCAGCUGCAGGAGCAAAACGAGGCCCUCAACAGGGCCCAUGUCCAGGAGCUGCUGCAGGAGGGCAGGGCCUCUGCGGCCCAGCAGCGCAGGCAGGAGCUUCGGGCCCUGCAGGAGGAGCUGGCCCAGGCCACACGCAGCUCCGAAGAGGCCCGGCUGGAGCACGCUGAGCUGCAGGAGCAGCUGCACCGGGCCAACACAGACACCGCAGAGCUGGGCAUCCAGGUGUGCACCCUGACUGCGGAGAAGGAACGUGUGGAGGGGGAGCUCCGCAUCUGCCGAGAGGCCGCUUCCCAAGAGCGAGAGGGCCUGGAGCGCCAAGUGGCAGGGCUGCUGCAGGAGAAGGCGAGCCUACAGGAGAAGCUGACGGCAGCCGAGAACGCCGCUGGCUCCCUGGCCAGCCUGCAGGCCCAGCUGGCCCAGGCCGAGCAGCGGGCGCAGAGCCUCGAGGAGGCCAAGCACCAGGAGCACGACGCCCUCAAAUUCCAGCUGAGUGCCGAGAUCAUGGACCACCAGAGCCGGCUGAAGGCUGCCACUGAAGAGUGCAGGAGCCUCAGGGCCCAGCUUGAGCAGCAAGGCCAACAGCUACGGGCCACCGAAGAGGCCGUGGGCAAGCUGAAGGCCACCCAGGCGGACAUGGGAGAGAAGCUGAGCUGCACCAGCAGCCGUCUUUCCGAGUGCCAGGCUGCCGUGGUCCAGAAGGACAAGGAGGGCUCGGCCCUGCGGGAGAGCCUGGAACGGACCCAGAAGGAACUGGAGAUCGCCACCACCAGAAGCCAAGAGUACUGCAACAGACUCCGCCAGGAGGUGAGCGAGCGGGAGCGGAGCGACCAGAAGAUGCUGGCAGACCUGGACGACCUGCACAGAACCAAGAAGUACCUGGAGGAGCGCCUGAUAGAGCUGCUCAGGGACAAGGACGCGCUGUGGCAGAAGUCGGACGCCCUGGAGUUCCAGCAGAAGCUCAGCUCCGAGGAGCGGUGGCUGGGGGACGCGGAGGCGAGCCACUGCCUGGACUGCAAGCGGGAGUUCAGCUGGAUGGUUCGACGGCACCACUGCAGGGUGUGCGGCCACGUCUUCUGCUACUACUGCUGCAACAACUAUGUGCUGACGAAGCCCAGCGGCAGGAAGGAGCGCUGCUGCCGGGCCUGUUUCCGGAAGUUCAGUGAAGGCCCAGGCUCCCCCAACAGCUCUGGCUCAGCCACCAGCCAAGGAGAGCCCAGCCCCAGGCUGUCCCCGGCCCACGCUGGGCCCCAGGCCGUAGGAAGCCAAGGAGCUGACUGCAGGCAGCCGGAUGACGCCGUGUUCGACAUCAUCACGGACGAGGAGUUGUGCCAGAUCCAGGAGUCCGGCUCCUCUUUGCCAGCGACGCCCACGGAAACUGAUUCCCUGGACCCAAGCAUGGCCGAACAGGACACCACCUCAAACUCGCUGACCCCCGAGGACACUGAGGACAUGCCCGUGGGGCAGGACGCUGAAAUCUGCCUGCUGAAGUCCGGGGAGCUGAUGAUCAAGGUGCCCCUGACCGUGGACGAGAUCGCCAGCUUUGGAGAGGGCAGCCGGGAGCUGUUCGUGCGCUCCAGCACCUACAGCCUGAUCCCCAUCACCGUGGCCGAGCCGGGCCUCACCAUCAGCUGGGUCUUCUCCUCUGACCCCAAGAGCAUCUCCUUCAGCGUGGUCUUCAGGGAGGCGGAGGACGCGCCCCUGGAUCAGUGCAAGGUCCUCAUCCCCACGACCCGGUGCCACUCCCACAAGGAGAGCAUCCAGGGCCAGCUGAAGGUGCGCACGCCCGGCAUCUACAUGCUCAUCUUCGACAACACCUUCUCCAGGUUCAUCUCCAAGAAAGUGUUUUACCACUUGACGGUUGACCGGCCUGUGAUCUACGACGGCAGUGACUUCCCCUAGCGCCGGCCACCUGGGCUGCCAGUGUCACCUCACCACAGGAAACACUACUCUUCCUCCCCGUCACACGAAGCACCAGAGAAAGAAGCAAGGCGAGGCCUCCUGCCCCAGCCCUGCAGCCCCGAAUGUCCCGCUCAGCCCCCCGGCUCCUGAGUGCUCCGUGACAUUGCCCUGAGGGAGACCAGCUGUGCUCACACCCGAGGCGCCCUCCGGAGCUCCCACCUCUCCUGCAGACAAGUUCCCAUGCCAGCCUCGCCCCAGCAGGCUCCCUGGUGACCCCAGCCAGGUGCCCUGGGCACACCCUGCAUGUCCCCAGGACGGGCCCACAGGACCAGGGUGCAGGGCCGGGCGGGCCUCCCACCACCCUGCCAGCCUCCUCCUCCUGUCACACGCUGUCCCUUAAGUUCGGGGCUGCACCAGAGCUCAUCGGUUCGGAGGAGCCGCUGAGCCACACUCCUCAUGGCCCUUUGCUGAGGUGACUGUCCUUAGGUGAAGCGCUUGCUCCUCCCGGAGCUCAGCGGGACCCAAGCCUGCCGAGCCAGGGCCUCCUGGGGCGGGGGGAGCUCGAGGUUCACCUGUGUACCAGGGAGCAGUGCCAGGCAGGAGCCACUCUGAAAAACUGGGUCUUCUGAGCAAGUCUUUGGUGACUUAGGAACCAAAAUAGCAGAGGAAACAGAUCAUAAUUUAUCCUUGUGCCCACUCCCCCUGCCAGUGCCCCACCCCGUGUGCCCACUUCCUUCCCUGACAGGAAGCAGACGGCCUUCCCUCCCCUGGGCUCCUUUCCUGCUCCCCGCCCCACAAGGAGCUCUGGCUUAAUGGUCCCUGUCCCCGGCGAGGCCGGCCCCCUGCACUCCAGCCCCUGGUACGUCCGCAGCUGUGCAGAGUGUAUGACAGACACAGCAGCCCGCUGUGGCCAGGGGUGAGGACAGAGCCCCGCCGGGCUGGCUGAGGGUCUCCCUGACCUCCCUGUCCCCCCAGAGCCGUGACUCCUCGUCAGGAGUCCAGGCCAGGUCCAGCCCAGACCCCAGCCCACCGGGUGCCCAGCUGCAGUCCCGACACCAGCAAGGAGGCCGUGUGCGGGUCACAAGCGAGAGGAAAGAACCUGCAGAAGAGCCAGGCCUCUUAUGCCCUCUGUCCUUGGAGCGGCCUCUACUGAGUCCCCAGGUGUCCUGUCACACCCUGUCGGGGCCAUGGCUGCUCGGCAUGAGGCAGAAAACUUCCCAGCUUCCAGUGUCCUCACCACAUGCCCCUAGCCCUAAGCUCAGGAGCAGGGUAUCUGGCUUCAAGCCCACCUGCCCUAUUGUACAGAGCCACUGGAAGCUGGCUGCUCCCCAUGAGACAGGGGCUGACAGGAGAGUGACAGCCUGGAAUCUUCUUCCAGUGCCGACUUUCCCAGGAUGCCCUGGGGACUCUGGCCUCGCUGAUGGCCCUCUGUGGACGCCCCGCCCCUGUGCAGCAGGAGCCACCUGCAUUGAGCAGCUGCUGUGCCCAGGCCUGGGCGUCACCUGAGCAUCUGUCACUCGGCACAGCAGGGACUGCUUGCAGGUCCCCAGGCCACCUGGCUGUCGUGAAGCCACCCAGAACCGCUCCUGGAGGACAGUCGGGCCUCUGCUGCAUGUCGGGGCUGCCCACGGCCACCUGGGGCACUUCCACCGUCACUUCCUCCUGGCCUCGGCAUGCACAUUUCUUGUGCUGAGUGGACACUUACAUGCCACUAGCUUUCUGCUCAGAUCCAAUCUGCAGUGCACUGUGUAGCUCAAGACCGCUUGGCCUGUUUAAGGCUGGAUUUUACACAUAGCUUUAUUCUCACUCUAAACAGUUCUCAGCUGUACUAAGGUUUGGAGUUUAGGUCAUUUUUUAGAAAUGCAAAUGACAAUUGAAUCACUGCUGACAGCCAUCGCCCCAGCUAGACACUACACCGGAAGUCACAAGCAGGUGACCUCAGGCUCCAGGUCACUACCCGCCCCUCGCAGGCCUCGCCCGGAAACACAGCAACCAGCCCGACAUGUCCACCACCAAGGCAGCCUGGUUCCCGCAGAGCACCCAGCCUGGGGCCCUAGACUCCAGGUGGACGCGGGAAGCAGGCAGAAUCCAGCGCGGAAGCCUCACGGGGUUCGGGCAGUAGCGGUGCAGAGCCGCGUCACAUACUCAGAAGUGCAGGAAUGGUGUUUCUGAAACCCGUCAGUGGCGAGGCCAUUCCAGCCAGACAGAAGGAAAUACUCCGGAAGGGUGGGAUCGCCAAUUGACUGGGCGCUCGCCAAUAGAAUUUUAUAGGUGUUUCAUUUUUAAAAUCCACCUAGAGCCGUUUAGCCAAGAAGCCGUUCUUGGUUCGGGGUUGGGGAGCAGGGAGAAGCCGUCCGCAGUGCUGAGAACAAGGGCCAUCGAGAGGCGUCUGUCUCUUGUCUUUGUUCUGCCAAGGGUUCCCCUCUCCAUCAGAAGCACUUUUCUUAGUAAAGCAGAUCGUUAGAUUCCAGGAAGCAUCUCUGACAGGGCAAAGCCAGAAAGACAGCUUCCUUAGGGCCUCCUGCAUGUUACCCAGAGACGCUUCCCUGGGCUUGGGGACACCAGGCCUCAGGUCAGAGGCUGGAAAUCGGAAUGCACUUUACUGCCCCUCACUUCCGUGGCCUUAGGGAUGGGCGCUGAGUCUUUCCUGCCAAAGAAUGGCCAAAGUACCUCAGAUACCAGCACCGCAGCCCACAGUGGGGCCCGAGAAACUUGUAGCCCAGAACGUGUUCCUUAUAGCACCUGCUAAGCCGUUUGGAAAUGUUUUUUAACCUCAGCAUUUAAAUAAACACUAUGACAUUUA